AUAAUUACCCACAAUUUAUUGUGGAUAACGGUAAAGAAGUGUAGUAAAUGAACAGAGAGCAGCUUUUAACCAUGUCUACGAGUGCUAAUCAACCCGGUGCAGUGGUACAAGUACCUCCAAGUGUUCAGCAACAGUAUGGAGUUCCACAGCAACUUGCAACCAGUUACCAGCUACCUGCAACUCAACAACAGCCUGCCACCAUGCAAUUACAACAAGUGGUCCAACCUCAGCCUCCUAUAAUGCAAGCAGCCCCAAUACAGUAUGUGAACCAAGUGGCCCCACAACAGCAAGUGUAUGCUCCACAGUAUCAACCUCAGCAAGCUCCUAUAAUGCAAGCAGCCCCACAACAGCAAGCCAUGUAUGCUCCACAAUAUCAGCCUAAGCCUCUGCAGUUGCAAGGUCAGGCUCCCCAGUAUCAUGGCAAUCAGGUUGCAUAUUCUGCACAGCAAGGAGGUGUUGCACAACUUAUCAUGAGUUCUGAUCGCAUGAAUCCUCCAAACUUCAACUACAAACCAAACGACUACUUUAUUCUGACGAUUGUCGUAGCAGUUGUCUUUGGAAUUUUCUUCAUUGGGAGUCUCUUCUGCUCAAUCCCAGCAGUCGUACUGUCUGUGAAGAGCAAGGCGGCGACUACUGCAGGAAAUAUCAAGACGGGACGCAGACUGGGAGUGUUUGCUGUCUACCUUGUUGUCAGUGCCAUACUGUUUGCUCUCAUAGCAGACAUUGUCCUCGUUGGGAUUGGGAUAGCUGGAAGAUCGUCAUUAUAUUGCAGAUACAGUUACAGCUACAGUUACAGCUACAGUUGCCGCUAUUACGGACGCUGAGCUGGACACAAACACAUGAAUAUGAGAUUCCAAACUGCAUUGUUUACUAUUAAGCCAAUUACAGUAUACACGUAUUAUAUAUAGUUGCCAAUCAAUGCCUAUAUAUGUAUACCAGAACUCUUACUGUGUGUGUAAAUUAAAUACUGUAAUACAGUAGCUCAGUGGUAAAUUGAUAUGGUUUGUGUAUUAUUGUG